GGUCCCAGUGUCUUGUCUGUGGAGUGAAGAGAAUACCUACCUUUCCCAGGUGGAAUUAAGAAGCAGUAAGGCAAGGAAGAAAUGUUGGCUAUUUGGCGAUGAGAAGUGGUGAAAACUGACCUCUUGGUGGUGUGUAACACUAUGGGACUUGAUUUUUUUUGCUGCAUGUCCAGCCAGCCCCCACUGAAAAUGUCAAAAACCAUUUGGUUCACUGGAAAACACUAAUCUGAUCUUGGAAGUGGCUGAUUGUGGCAGGAUGUGUCGACGAUGAUGAUGGCAAGAAAGCAAGAUGUCCGCAUUCCCACCUACAACAUCAGUGUGGUGGGAUUGUCUGGGACAGAGAAGGAGAAGGGCCAGUGUGGCGUUGGAAAGUCUUGUCUCUGCAACCGCUUCGUGCGCCCAAGUGCAGAUGAGUUUCACUUGGACCACACCUCUGUCCUCAGCACCAGUGACUUUGGAGGGCGGGUGGUCAAUAACGACCACUUUCUCUACUGGGGAGAAGUCAGCCGCUCCCUGGAAGAUUGUGUGGAAUGUAAGAUGCACAUUGUGGAGCAGACUGAAUUUAUUGAUGAUCAAACUUUUCAACCUCAUCGAAGCACUGCCCUGCAGCCCUAUAUCAAGAGAGCUGCUGCAACCAAGCUCGCAUCAGCUGAAAAACUCAUGUACUUUUGCACUGACCAGCUUGGGCUGGAGCAGGACUUUGAGCAGAAACAAAUGCCAGAUGGAAAGCUGCUGAUUGAUGGUUUUCUUCUUGGUAUCGAUGUUAGCAGGGGCAUGAAUAGGAACUUUGAUGACCAGCUCAAGUUUGUCUCUAAUCUCUACAAUCAGCUUGCAAAAACAAAAAAGCCCAUAGUGGUGGUCCUGACAAAGUGUGAUGAGGGUGUUGAGCGGUACAUUAGAGAUGCACAUACUUUUGCCUUAAGCAAAAAGAACCUCCAGGUUGUAGAGACUUCAGCGAGAUCCAAUGUGAACGUGGACUUGGCUUUCAGCACCUUAGUGCAGCUCAUUGAUAAAAGUCGGGGAAAGACAAAAAUCAUUCCCUAUUUUGAAGCUCUCAAGCAGCAGAGUCAGCAGAUAGCCACAGCAAAAGACAAGUAUGAGUGGCUGGUGAGUCGCAUUGUGAAAAACCAUAACGAGAAUUGGCUGAGUGUCAGCCGAAAGAUGCAGGCCUCUCCAGAGUACCAGGACUAUGUCUACCUGGAAGGGACUCAGAAAGCCAAGAAGCUGUUUCUACAGCACAUCCACCGCCUCAAGCAUGAGCAUAUUGAGCGCAGGAGAAAGCUGUACCUGGCAGCCCUGCCAUUGGCUUUUGAAGCUCUCAUACCUAAUUUAGAUGAAAUAGACCACCUAAGCUGCAUAAAAGCCAAAAAGCUCUUAGAAACCCAACCAGAAUUCUUGAAGUGGUUUGUUGUGCUUGAAGAGACACCAUGGGAUGCCACCAGCCACAUCGACAACAUGGAAAAUGAACGGAUCCCCUUUGACUUAAUGGAUACCGUCCCCGCAGAGCAGCUGUACGAGGCCCACUUAGAGAAGCUGAGGAAUGAGAGGAAAAGGGCCGAGAUGAGAAGGGCAUUUAAAGAAAACCUGGAGACCUCUCCUUUCAUAACUCCUGGAAAACCUUGGGAAGAGGCUCGUAGUUUUAUUAUGAAUGAAGAUUUCUACCAGUGGCUGGAAGAAUCUGUAUACAUGGAUAUCUAUGGCAAACACCAAAAGCAAAUUAUAGAUAAAGCAAAGGAAGAGUUCCAGGAGUUGCUUUUGGAAUAUUCAGAAUUGUUUUAUGAGCUGGAGCUGGAUGCUAAGCCCAGCAAGGAGAAGAUGGGUGUCAUUCAGGAUGUUCUGGGAGAGGAACAGCGAUUUAAAGCAUUACAAAAGCUCCAAGCAGAGCGUGAUGCCCUUAUUCUGAAGCACAUUCAUUUUGUAUACCACCCAACAAAGGAGACAUGCCCCAGCUGCCCAGCUUGUGUGGAUGCUAAGAUUGAGCACUUGAUUAGUUCUCGGUUUAUUCGACCGUCUGACCGGAAUCAGAAGAAUUCACUUUCUGACCCCAACAUUGAUAGAAUCAAUUUGGUUAUAUUGGGCAAAGAUGGCCUUGCCCGCGAGUUGGCCAAUGAGAUUCGAGCUCUUUGUACAAAUGAUGAUAAGUAUGUGAUAGAUGGUAAAAUGUAUGAGCUUUCCCUGAGGCCAAUAGAGGGGAAUGUCCGACUGCCUGUGAACUCUUUCCAAACACCCACAUUUCAGCCCCAUGGCUGUCUCUGCCUUUACAAUUCCAAGGAAUCGCUCUCCUAUGUCGUGGAAAGUAUAGAGAAGAGUAGAGAGUCCACGCUUGGCCGGAGGGACAAUCACUUAGUUCAUCUCCCCCUGACAUUAAUUUUGGUUAACAAGAGAGGAGACACCAGUGGAGAGACUCUGCAUAGCUUAAUCCAACAAGGCCAGCAAAUUGCUAGCAAGCUUCAGUGUGUCUUUCUCGACCCUGCUUCUGCUGGCAUUGGCUACGGACGCAAUAUUAACGAAAAGCAAAUCAGUCAAGUUUUGAAGGGACUCCUGGACUCUAAGCGUAACUUAAACCUGGUCAGUUCUACCGCAAGCAUCAAAGAUUUAGCUGAUGUUGAUCUGCGAAUUGUUAUGUGUCUGAUGUGUGGAGAUCCUUUUAGUGCAGAUGACAUUCUCUUUCCUGUCCUUCAGUCCCAAACCUGUAAGUCUUCUCAUUGUGGAAGCAACAACUCUGUUUUACUUGAACUACCAAUCGGACUACACAAGAAGCGGAUUGAACUGUCUAUUCUUUCAUACCAUUCCUCAUUUAGCAUCAGAAAGAGCCGAUUGGUUCAUGGGUACAUUGUUUUUUAUUCAGCCAAACGUAAGGCCUCCUUGGCUAUGUUACGUGCCUUUCUUUGUGAAGUGCAGGAUAUUAUUCCUAUUCAGCUUGUGGCACUCACUGAUGGCGCUAUCGAUGUCCUGGACAAUGACUUAAGUCGUGAACAGCUGACUGAGGGGGAGGAGAUUGCUCAAGAAAUCGAUGGAAGGUUUACAAGCAUCCCUUGUAGCCAACCCCAGCAUAAACUUGAGAUCUUUCACCCAUUUUUUAAAGAUGUGGUGGAGAAAAAGAACAUAAUCGAGGCUACUCAUAUGUACGAUAAUGUCGCGGAGGCCUGUAGCACCACAGAAGAGGUGUUUAACUCCCCUCGGGCAGGAUCACCGCUUUGCAAUUCAAACCUGCAGGAUUCAGAAGAAGAUAUUGAACCCUCUUCUUAUAGCCUGUUUCGAGAAGACACAUCACUGCCCUCUCUGUCCAAAGACCAUUCUAAACUCUCCAUGGAACUGGAGGGAAAUGACGGGCUAUCUUACAUCAUGAGCAAUUUUGAGAGUAAACUGAACAACAAAGUACCUCCGCCAGUCAAACCAAAGCCUCCUGUCCAUUUUGAAAUUACAAAGGGGGAUCUGUCUUAUUUAGACCAAGGCCAUAGGGAUGGGCAGAGGAAGUCUGUGUCUUCUAGCCCCUGGCUGCCUCAGGAUGGGUUUGAUCCUUCUGACUAUGCUGAACCCAUGGAUGCAGUGGUCAAGCCGAGGAACGAAGAGGAAAACAUCUACUCUGUGCCCCAUGACAGCACCCAAGGCAAAAUCAUCACCAUUCGGAAUAUCAACAAAGCCCAGUCCAAUGGCAGUGGCAAUGGGUCUGACAGUGAAAUGGACACCAGCUCUCUAGAACGAGGUCGCAAGGUUUCCAUCGUGAGCAAGCCCGUGCUGUACAGGACGAGAUGCACCCGUCUGGGGAGGUUUGCGAGUUACCGAACCAGCUUCAGCGUAGGGAGCGAUGAUGAGCUGGGGCCCAUUCGGAAGAAAGAGGAGGAUCAGGCAUCUCAGGGUUAUAAAGGGGACAAUGCCGUCAUUCCAUACGAGACAGACGAAGACCCGAGGAGGAGGAAUAUUCUCCGCAGUCUAAGGAGGAACACUAAGAAACCAAAGCCCAAACCCCGGCCGUCCAUCACAAAGGCAACCUGGGAGAGUAACUAUUUUGGGGUGCCCUUAACAACUGUCGUGACUCCAGAGAAGCCAAUCCCCAUUUUUAUUGAAAGAUGUAUUGAGUACAUUGAAGCCACAGGUAAGCAUGUCUCCACGUAG